AUGGCCAGCUUCAUUCGAGGCAAACAGGCCGGUAUUCAGAAUGACCUUUCCGCCGGACUAACGCCCGAGCAUGUCGCUAUCGAUGACAUCGAGCGCUAUGGAAUCAACAGUCAGAUAGGAGCCAUCGCCUACGACCCCGUGCAAUCACUGCUGGCAGUGGGCACGAAGGACAGCAAAUUCGGACCUGGACAGAUCUACAUCUUCGGUAGAGGCAGAGUGGCUGUCACACUAGAUCUACCUCAGCGAGCAUCGGCCAAGCAGAUACAAUUCUGUGCCGACAAGCUGGUCUGUCUAGACUCGAAAAACGACUUGUCAUUCUAUUCGCUGGAGGCCAAGAAACUCAUCGGAUCUCAUUCACCACCUGGUGUCGCUACGUGCAUCGCGACAGAUCCCGCACUGGACUAUGCCUUGAUUGGUAUGCAGUCUGGAGAUGUUCUUGCGUAUGACAUGGACAGGGAGGGAGCCGCUCCUUUCCGAAUCCCAAAUCUGUGGGCCGAGCGUGAUUCGAGAGUACGAGUGUCCCCGGUCGUCAGUAUCCAGUUCCAUCCUAGAGAUAUCGGAAAACUGUUGAUCGGCUACGUUCAUGGUGCUGUCACCUUUUCCUUCAAACUAAACCAAGCUCAAAAGUUCUUCCAAUAUGAGGUCCCUGCUGGAGCACCAGGUGGUCAUGCAGACCCUUCUUCGUCGAGAACCCCGCGCUGGCCGAAACUGACCCAAGCAGUCUGGCAUCCUACUGGUACUUUCAUUCUGACUGGACACGAAGACAGCUCGAUGGUAUUUUGGGAUCCCAAAGAUGGCAGAAUCGUCUUGGCCAGAACGACUAGUGAAACACACAUCAAUGUUCCAGGCAAGGGUGCCACAACUCUUGGGUCGACAGUAUCAGUAAAAGAGCCCAUCUUCAAGGUUGCUUGGUGCGCAAACAAGGACCCUGACGAUACUGCGCUUCUCAUCGCCGGUGGUGCGGACACGACUAUGCCAACAAAAGGCAUGACAUUCUUUGAGCUGGGCCGAACACCAAACUACGCCACUUCAAGUUGGGAUGUCCUUGCUGACCACUUGGAGUCACCACGUCGACAAAGAGUGCUUCCAACACCACCUAAUGCUGAAGUAGUUGAUUUCUGCCUCAUCCCUCGAGAAUCGCCACACUUUGCUGGCGCUCAAGAUCCUGUCGCCAUCUUAGCGCUCCUGUCAUCUGGAGAGGUUAUCACGCUCAGCUUCCCCAGCGGAAUACCCAUUACUCCCACCAAUCAGCUGCACGUGUCUAUGAGUUUUGUUCAUCCGUUUAUUAGACGUGCAAAUGUCACUACAGUCGACAGAGUCAGGUGGCUUGGUAUGACCGAGACCCGCAACCAGGGCCCUCAGAUCCUCAAGGGUGGCGUCGAGCAAACACAUCCUCUGAAGCGAUACGAAAACCGAAACAUCAUUCAAACAAUGCAUGCAGACGGCACGGUCAGACUAUGGGACGCAGGUCACGGUGAUGAGCUGGAGAAUGACAAGGUCCUCGAAGCAGGUGUCGGUCGAGCUGUGGGACGAAUCGAAGGUGUCGACAUUACCAAUACCUCUCUGGCAAGUGCGAGCGGCGAGUUUGCGGCAGGCACGAGGAGCGGUGAAGUUGCUGUUUUCCGCUGGGGCCACAACAGAAACUUUGGCCGUGAUCUGCCCCCAUCUGCUGGUGGAAACCGUCCUAAUGCUCUCACCAACAUUGUCGACAGAGCCGAUCCAGACAAGCCAGAGUGGGUAACGAAACUGGAGUUCAGUGUAAGUGUCGAUGUACACUGGCAGCUCGUUCAACACUUACACAUCUUUAGNGUCAUGACUCUCGAGGACGAGAACUACUCCAGUGUGAACUUACAUGCUGGUACUAAUUUAGGUCGACUAGCAACAUUCAAGCUCAUUCCUGACAGCAGUGGACGUUACUGCGUCGAUUUUAAGGGCGUAACCUCCUUCGAUGGUCGCAUCAUCCACUUGUCACCCGUCGACACCCACACGGGCAGACCAGCAUCCGCAACCCCUGACGCUGUAGCCAAUCUCCGCAACGGCGUAAAGACUGACGGUGUUCUCGUCGCCGUAACCACAGCCGAGGCACGUAUCUUCCGCCCGGCCACCUCAAAGGGCGCUCACAAGACUUUCGACAGCCACUCCUGCGAGUCAGCAGCUGUAGUAAGAUUCCAAGAUCAGGGUUACGUACUUGCUGGGUUGUUCGGUGAUGGCACCGUGCGCGCUUAUACACUGCCUGCGCUGAGAGAGCUGAAUUCGAUCAACAUAUCGCAUAUCCUGGACACCAGACGCUUUGCUGAUUCCAUCAUCAUUCCCAAUGGCGACAUUUUUGGCUGGACCGGUCCCUCUGAGAUGGCUCUAAUCAAUAUGUGGGGAACAGGCCAACUACUGCCANAAAUCACUAGACAAACUCUUCAACCCCGAAGCUCUCAUCCCUCCUCGCCCUACAAUCUCAAACUUCCAAUGGGUAGCAGGAACCCAAUACUCGGCGGCCCUGACCGCCCACCCUCCAAACGCAUGCUCGCCCAAUCUCGCGCGGACGAAGCAUCCCGUCUCGCUGCCUCCCGCCAAGCUACCUCUGCCUCUUCCUCAGCAGCUCAAGGUGCCAAUGAAGGAUGGGGUGCCUAUAUGCAACGACAACUUCAAGAGCGCACUGAGAAACUCAAUAUCAUGGGAGACUCAAUGGAGAAUCUUGAGAAUAAUAGUCAAGGGUGGGCGGAUGAUGUGAGUAAGUUUGUUAACAAGCAGAAGAGNGGGGCGAUGACUGGGUUGAUUAAGAAGGGGUUUGGGUUUUAA